GCAAAUGGCUCCUCCAGCGGUUGCUUUGUGUGUGGCCUGUCUGCUCAUGGCGACUAGUGGAUGGGGUAAGAGCAAUUUGGUCAUUCUCUCGUCUUUUUCGUACUUCUUGCCUUUCAACGCCGGGCAGUGCUCCCACCCAUGGUCUAAAUGCAGCUGUGCAUGUUCUGUUCUCUCCUCAGCUGAUGUGACAGAGCUCAAACCAUCAACAGCUUCACGUUUUGUAUCUGUUAAUCUUGGUCAAGACGUGACUUUGACAUGUUCCUUUGAAGAUUCUGUAGCGGUGAUGUUUUACUGGUACAAACAAACUCUGGGAGGGAAACCAGAGGUUGUGUCUAAAUUUUAUAAGCAUGAAAAAAAUGCCACUUUGAUGGGUCCAUUUAAAAGUGAUCCACGUUUUCAGGUGGACAUGUCUGCUGGUAAAAAGCAUUUAAAGAUCUCAUCUGUGCAGAGCUCAGACUCAGCUACUUACUUUUGUGUAGGCGGUUAUUCGUACUUGUUCGAGUUUGUGGAAAGCGUUUUUCUCGCUGUGGUGCAUUCAGGCUCCAACGCCCCAGCUCUGGUGCAUCAGUCAGUGUCUGGGAGCAUCCAGCCAGGAGGUUCGGUCACUCUGAACUGUACAGUACAAACUUGGACCUGUGAUGGACAACACAGUGUUUACUGGUUCAAAGACUCUGGAGAAGCUCGUCCAGGAAUCAUUUACACCCACGGAGACAGAAAUGAUCAGUGUGAGAGGACACCAGACACACAAACACAUACAUGUGUCUAUAAGGUACAGAUAAAGCAUGUGGAUCGUUCUCAUGCUGGGACCUACUACUGCGCCGUCGCCUCAUGUGGACAGAUUCUGUUUGGAAACGGGACCAAGCUGGACCUUGAGUAUCAGGACUCUCAUCUGGUGAAUGCCUUGAGUAGUGCUUUAUGGUUCACCAGCCUUCUGAGCGUUUUAUUGGCUUUCUUAGUGUGCAAAAUGGUGAACAACCAGUUUUGGGCAGAGCCUCAUGCAGGACUUUCAGCUCCCCCAACGAAAAAUGCAAAGGUUAAACUAAAUGAAGACAACCGUCCUUAUGUUACUCCAACACAGACUGAAAUCAACAGAAGAGGAACAAAAGGUGACACAUGGACUGAAUGUGUGUACUUCAGUGUAAGAGCUGAUGGCAUGUAACCUAUGUAGCAUACUGUACUGUAACAAGUACAAAUAUCCACUGCACUCAUUAGAAGUGAACCAGUAUCAGUGAUGAUGUCGUCUAAGUGACAAGUGUAAAAUAAAUCUUUGACUUGCUUUCA